AUGUGUAGGGAAAGAAGAGGUGGUGUUGCGGUUGCCGCCACGGCCUUGGUGAUGAUGAUGGUGAUGGUAAAUGUGGGCCGAGCCCAGCUGCAGCCGCAGACCCAUAUUGUGCCUUGGGAUAUACUCGCCGUCCCCUUCAACAAUGCAAGUAACUUUGCGACAUGCAAUCCGAUACCCUUACCGGAUAGUCCCAUAGAUAAUAGUAAUACCGGAGCUAGUAAUUUUACAUUCACGACUACUGGGAACCAUUACUUCAUAUGCGGAAAGCAUUGCCAGAAUGGAAUGGAUAUCACUAUCACAGCCAACUGA